AGAUUUUAAAAUAUUCAACCUUUUGACGGCUAACCUGUCUGAAAUCGCAUUUGACGAUGGAAAGCGACUCAUCAAACUACACACUGUGUGAUGACACGUCGCAAGUUCGGAUUGCGUUUUUCAGCAUCGGAACCUGUCUAUCAGCACUGGGAUGUGUCUUCAAUGGAGUCUUACUCUAUAUAUUUCUCGGCAAAACUCAACGAAGCUACCCAUUCCAAACAUUUUUGGCGUUUCUCGACUUCAUGCUUUGUGCACUUUAUAUCCAUUGCUUCGGACUGCUAUCCAUCUCGGUUGAGUACAAAAUUGCGUUUCUCUAUAACUUUGUGAUGGACAGCAAUGUGGUGACGCUGGUUAUGAGUCGGAUCGUCCAGCUUUCGAUUCCAUACACGCUCAUCGCCAACUCGGCAGAAAAGCUCACUAUGAUUCUGGGAAUUGACUGUGAAAGCCAAUUCUCAUUGCGCUUGCGUAUAGGGGUCAUCUUGCUGCUUCUCGGAACUGCAACAUCGCUGAGAAUAAACGGAUUGUAUUUGUAUUUUAUUGAUGAAGAUGAGAAUUGCGAUUUCUACCAUAGAAAGUGGCUAAGCUCCCACCAAGAGGAACAGGCAAAAUGGAUUCAUUUUGAAAAUGUGUUAACUUUCUUCCACACGUUCGUCUCAUUCGUUUUGUUAUGUGCACUUAACAUUGUCGUCGUCGCCAAACUUCGCGUACAGCACCGAAAAACGCGCCGACAAUCCACUUCUCCGGCUCAGCUGUUUUCGGUAUACUUCAGAAAUUUUCUGGGAUCUAAAUCAAUCACGGUUUUGACGCCUGUCGGCAACACCACUACGCAAACACUCGAGACUCGGGUACUUUGUUAAGCAAGAUAUGGUCUAUGUGAAAAACAGCUUCUUUAUUUUUUAUUUUUUUGCUAAACGUCAGAGAUUGCGCUUUUUCGAUAAAAUCGGAAUACAUUUUGGAACGCAUGGCAUUUCGACAAAAAUUCUUUUUUUUUUCGAAAAUUCGGACAAUAGAUCACGAAAAUGACCUCACCAGAAAAAAAAACAGGAAGGGACACGAGGGAGAGAGAAUAGCAUUUUUGCUUAAGGGCAAACCUAUUUGAGUGGGAGAGCGAUGGUAAUUUAAUCAAUGAGAACAACAUGUAUUUUCAUUUUCUGGAUUUCAGUGCAAUAGGAAAGCAAACAAGAAAGUUUCAUGAAUGAGGGAACAAAUGAGGUUUAAAACAUGUUUUUAAUUUCUCAUUGGUCCAUUUGGCAAUUUUCAAACCUGCAAUUUUCCGGAAUUUGCGAUUUAUGAUUGAAAAAAAAUUUUAAUGGAAAUUUUCAAUUUUCAAUUUUCAAAGUGGAAAAUCAAACACACUUUGUGAAUGAAUUUAGAAUUACCGGAAAAACUGAGGAAAAUCUAGAAAUGUGUAUACAGUUGUAUACAAAAAUAUACAGUUGCUUAAAAGAUUAUCGACAAAUUUAGCACUUUCCGUUUUCUGAAACUUUGCUAAAUUGCCCCGAUUUACCGAUUUCUUACCGAAUUUCCCAAAAUUGUCAAAUUUAUUUACAAUCGGUAUGCCAAACUGGAAUUAAUUAUCAACCGAUCAGAAAAAUCAAUAUCAGGCUCCGCCUCUUUCUGGGUUUUUUUUUUUUGCGUUUCUCAAGUAUUUUGUUCUGAGUGAAUUCUGUGGAUCAUUCUUUCUAAUUCAACCGGGUAGAAAAACAUUAACCAACAUCUUACAAGUUAUAAUUUAAUAUAGGAACUUGAAUAAUUUUUUGUUGAAAAAUAUAUAAACUUCUUGAAUACAGGGUGAUGAUGCACGUACUGAUAACCAAGAAUCCCAACAGGAACCAAUUCCCCCACCUGAAAUGGUAACAAGUGUUAUAUUGCAGUUAUCAUGAUUUAUAGUAUAACCGUAGUAUUUUUGUUCUCCCACCUAGCAGCCCUCACUCACACACAUAUGGUUUUUUUAAAUAUAGUUUGCUUUUGCUUCAAAUGAUAUGAAUAUAGGCUGACGCUAUUUUUUAUUUAUUUAUUUUGAAUUUGAACUUCAGCUGGCUUUUGAAAUGAUUUUUUAAUACUCAACAGCUUAAAGUUUUUAUUUAGCACACUUUUACCAAGAAUAAGAAGUUACUGAACAGAUGAAUUUUGCAGUCCACCACCGCUCGAGUUCAAGCUGCUCAGGAGAUUCGAGAGCAGCAACACAGACUACGGUGCGCUGUAAAAACGACUGUAGUGAUAAUCUCAGCGUAUCUGGCCUGCAACCUCGUCAAUUUCAUUUUGUACAUUUUGGAGACAUUCCGAAGAAGCUGGAUUAUUGAAGCAAAUGGAGCAUUUAAACCAUUCUACGUCAUAAUUAGCGACCUUGGAUCAAAUCUCUUUGUGUUUUCGUCAACAAUCAGAAUAUUUAUAUACUAUAAAUAUAAUCACGAAAUUAAAAAGCUUAUCAAAGACAUCUGGGUGGUCAAUUAUAUCAUACAACAGGCACAACCUCCAAAGGCUGACACUCUUUUGAAAAUUGACAAGGUUGAUGUAUAGAACUGUUGUAAUUUGCGUUUUUUCUUGUAAAUUGUGGGUAAAAUUCUAGUUAUCAACCAACAACUCGGAGAUCUCCUAAUUCUUUUGAUUAUUUAUUUUUCAUUCAUCUGCUUUUUUUAUAUCUUUUUACAAACUCUAUCUUCUUUCAAUAUUGCUAUUUUUGAUAGUUGAAAUAAAUGUUUUGAUGAAAU